AGUAAUAAUGGCGCACUUGCGAAAGGUGCAUACAUUCCUGUAACUUAAGUUUGUAUAUUGUGGUGAAGUGAAAAACAAAGUUGUUUUAAUGCCGUACCGCAGGCGCUUUUCGACCAAGAUGACGGAUUAUGACGACGAUAUCACUGUCGUCGAUGUUUAUGAUCUGGCAUCUGAUAUCGGGAAAGAAUGUGAAAUAAUUAUCGAGAAAUACGGCCCUGAUGCUGUAACAGCGUUGUUGCCGAAAGUUAUUAAUGCUCUUGAACUGCUAGAAAAUUUGGCGGUGCGAAACGAAAAAGAAAAUCAGGCGUUACUCGAACUUACAGCUAAGAUUUCACAGUUAGAGAAUGAUAAGAUAGAAAAGGCUGAAUACAGGCAACGCUUCGAGAAGGAAAUAGAAGCUAUUGAGGAGCAAUGGCGGACAGAAUCAGCGGACCUGGUGACCGCCGUGGCACGUCUGCAAGACGAGAACAAACGACUCAGGCGGACAAUAAACGCGCCUGCGGAUGGUACCAGUGCACCUCCGUCUCCAGCCCGAGAACAUGACCAGGAGGUACUGUCCCGGUUGAGCAGCACGGCAGAGAAGCAACGCGCAACGCUGCGCCAUCAAGAGGUGCAGCUGCAGGAGAAGCAGCAGCUCAUUGAAAGUUUGACGAAUCAAGUGGACAAAUUGGCACAGGUCAGUCGGGAUCUACGACGGAAGCAUAAGCAGCUACAAAAUCAGAUGCGUUUGGUAUGCGAGGAGCGCACCGAACUGACAGCCAUUGUCCAAUCCCAGCAGAGGGACAUUGCCGUGCUGCAGCAAUCUGAUGCACAGAAAACACAAAAGUGCACGUCAUGCGGCGCGGGAUUCCCCGAGGGCGGGGAGGAGGGCGACCAAUCAUCGCGGCCGACGUUCAGCGUGCGCGAACUGCGCGCCAUACUGCACGAGAGGAACGAACUCAAACUAAAGCUGAACCGGCUCGAGGAGCAGCUGCAAGCGCUGCAGGUUGAACCGCAGCCCGAUAGUACAAGUUCAGACACAUCGUCAUCAGUUAGUACGACAGUUAACGAGGAAGAGGAGGCGCCAGUGCAAGGUCCGUUACCCGCGGAGCCUGAUGACGCGCCAUGGAAACGCAACAGUGGCAUCAGGAAGUUUUUUCGCAAGCUCUUUGCUGAGUCUGAUCUCUCCGUGGGCGCGUUCCCCCGGCCACUGUCCGCGCGCGGCAAGGCGGCCCCGCCCCCAGGCCCCGGUCCCGCCCCCGCCGCCGCCACCGCGUAGGCAUUCUCUCCCCCGCGCAAACACGCACACUCACACCAAGCUCCGCCGUCUCUCCGACAUGCACCACCGCCCGGAGCUCAACCUGCGCCUCGAGCUCAGCCUCAACCUUAACAAUGCGGAGCUUGACAACUGGCUCGGGAAGUUCGAUGAAGAACUGGACUACAGAUUCAAUCAUGACAUACCCCUGCAGAGAUCUAUCUCGUUGGACGGCGGAAUUGAAAUAUUUAACUACUUGAACACGCUAGGCUCAGACUGGUCCAGUGCGUCGGAAUGGUCGUUGAAUUCGAACGACAGUGACCGUAUGCUGGAACAGUACAGGAGUUUUGAAGAUGUCCCAGCUUCUCAGUAUAAAAUGAUAAGCAGGCGCGCAUCUUUGGCGAUGGGGAACGAAGAAAAGAAUAAGGCUUUACACGUGUUGAGGAGUUACAAGGGCGUCGAGAUGGAAAAGG